AUGUCGUCUGUAGGUGUUACAAAACCGAUGCGUAAAACUUCUUGUGAUAAAUUUGUUUCAUCUAAUGCAAGUAAUAUAUCACUAGAUGGAAGUGAUACAUUCAUUCGUGCCAAUGAUAUUAAUCUAAAUAGUAAUUCUUAUGCUAAUACACCUUCUCCAUCAUCAAUUACAACAAUAAGUUCAAUCGAUCGAUCAUUUAAAUAUCGAUCAUCACGUUUAAAAAAUGAUUAUCGUUCACAUAUGUUCUCAAAGCGUCAUUAUAAACAUGAUAGAUUAUUUUAUCAUACACAUGCACUUAAUCGACAAUAUGUAGUAGCAAUGACGAAUAUACUUUAUCAGAUGCAAAAAGAAAUUGUUAAAUUAAAACGACGUACAAAUAGUAUUGAACAAAUGCUUAGUAAACAAACACGAGUAGUACAUCCAAUUAUUCGGUUACCACGUUUAACACGUGAUGAUAUUUCGACAAUAUGCACCGAUGAUACUGAAAAUCAACCAUCGGUUAGUUCGGAUGUUUUUCAAAAUAAUGAAAAUGUACAUACAUCAGAAAUGACAACACCAGAUAACAAUCAUAAGGAUGAUAGUGAGGGCUCUAUACUAUUGAAUACAGAAUCUUCACCAAACAAUCUUGAAAUAAAUAAACAUUCUAAUCAAAAAAAUAAGCAUUGUUUUGAAUGUCGGCAUGAAUUUUCAAAUCGAUCAGGUUAUUUACGGCAUAUUAAAAAUGUACAUAAAGGAAUAUUUCCAACAGCAUCGGAAAAUGACACACCAUUAGAAAAUGAUAAUCAUCAAACUAAACCAACUGUUCGUUCGUCGAUUGAUUAUUUGGAAGUUGACCAUAGAAUAGAAAGUGAUUCAUUAAAUUAUUUAGUUAAUCAAUGGGAUAUUGGAGAAGGUCGUUUAAGACCAAGAUCAGUAACAAAACCAAUUGUUAUUACUGAGUCAGUACGAAAAUUAAAAUGUGAUAUUUGUAACAAAUUCUUUCGUGCUGAUUAUCUUAUGAAACAUAUGAGACGUACUCAUCAUAUAUCAGACCCACCUUUAUCAAAUGACUUAUCUGAUCAACAUCAAUCCAAUAUUGAUAAACCUAUUGAUGAAAUUCAAUCAACAUCUAAUGAAUCAUUUGGAAAUAAUAUAGAUCCUCCAUCGACAAUCACAGUUACUGAAAUGGAUUUUGAAGAUAUACAAAUUGAUUUAGAUACAACUUUAGAUAAAUCAAUUGUUAUUACUACAACACUUCUUGAACAAUAUCAAUCAAAAAUGGUUGAAGAAUUUUUAGAAAAAUUUUCAUGUGAAGUUGGUCAAACAAGUACAGUUAAUUCUCGAACAACACAUUUAAUAGUAAAUGAUGAGAAAACUCCGUCACGUUCUCCAUUAUCAAUAAAAUUAAUCGAAGGUGUUGCUAAUCAUUGUUUUUGUGUUUCUUAUAAUUGGAUUAUUGCCUGUCUUCAAUAUGAUCGAAUUGUAGAUGCAACUCGUUAUGAAAUUGAAGGUGAUGAUAUGGAUUUAAACGUUUAUGGUGGUCCAAAACGUUCUCGUUUAGCUGAAAGACGUCAUGCACUUUUUGAGAAUAUAUGUUUUAUGAUAAAAUGUGCAGAAAAUAAAGAUGCACAAUUAAGCAAUGAUCGUUUACAAGAUUUAAUAACAACAUGUGGUGGACAAAUUAUAACUUGUGUUACACAAAAAUUACUUCAAGAUCAUACAAUUGUUGUUCUCUGUGAUAAACUAUAUGUAUCUGAACGACGUGCUAACUAUAAUCACUGUCGUUUCUUAGGUAUAAAUUUUAUUUCAUCGAAUUGGGUUCUUGAAUCAAUUAUUGAAUAUCGACAAAAACCUUUUUUAUCAUACGAAGAAACGCCAAUAUAA